CUACAGGCUUCCCCGAGCCGACGGCGCGGCUGCCUGCUUGGCCCGAAACCCCAAGCGCCGCCGCGGCCGAUGUAGGCAAGCGAGGCGGCGGCUGCGCCCGCAUCAUGGGAGGCAGCUCCACCCCAGCACCAGCCCGGGUCGCUACUGACCUCCUCGGUCUCCCGCGCCCCGUCUGCCAGCAACAGCUGCUGCUCUCUGGGCUCAGUCCUAUCCUCACCUCGAAGACAUGAAGGCGACCCGGGGCGACGGGAGCGCCCCUUUCUGCACCCGUCUCAACCACUCCUACUCGGGCAUGUGGGAGCCGGAGCGCUCCAGCGAGGCGCUGGGCAACCUUACGCGUCCCGCGGAGACCGGCGAGGACUGUCGCUCGGUGUCCGUAGUGUACCCGAUCACCAUGCUGAUCACCGGCUUCGUGGGCAAUGCGCUGGCCAUGCUGCUGGUGUCCCGGAGCUACCGGCGUCGGGAGAGCAAGCGCAAGAAGUCGUUCCUGCUGUGCAUCGGCUGGCUAGCGCUCACCGACAUGGUCGGGCAGCUGCUCACCAGCCCCGUGGUCAUCGUCGUGUAUCUGUCCAAGCAGCGCUGGGAGCACCUCGACCCGUCGGGGAGGCUGUGCACUUUCUUCGGUCUGACCAUGACUGUCUUUGGGCUCUCCUCGCUCUUCGUCGCUAGCGCUAUGGCCGUCGAGCGGGCGCUGGCCAUCCGGGCCCCGCACUGGUACGCGAGCCACAUGAAGACGCGCGCCACCCGCUCGGUGCUACUCGGCGUGUGGCUGGCGGUGCUCGCCUUCGCCCUGUUGCCGGUGCUGGGUGUGGGCCAGUACACCAUCCAGUGGCCCGGGACGUGGUGCUUCAUUAGCACCGGGGGAGGCGGCAACGGGACUAGCUCCCCGCGCAACUGGGGCAACCUUUUCUUCGCCUCCACCUUUGCCUUCCUGGGGCUCUCGGCGCUGACCAUCACAGUCGCCUGCAACCUGGCCACCAUUAAGGCCCUGGUAUCCCGCUGCCGGGCCAAGGCCACGGCGUCGCAGUCCAGCGCCCAGUGGGGCCGGAUCACGACUGAGACGGCCAUCCAGCUCAUGGGGAUAAUGUGCGUGCUGUCGGUCUGCUGGUCGCCGUUGCUGAUAAUGAUGUUGAAAAUGAUCUUCAAUCAGACAUCGGUAGAACACUGCAAGACGCACCCAGAGAAACAGAAGGAAUGCAACUUCUUCUUAAUAGCUGUCCGCCUGGCUUCACUGAACCAGAUCUUGGAUCCCUGGGUGUAUCUGCUGCUAAGAAAGAUCCUCCUUCGGAAGUUUUGCCAGACAACUCAGCUGUGGCUUACCUGGAAGAUGGAACCUCCCAGUAACUACACUGACCAGACCAGUGCACUGGAAAGGGAAGAAUUUCAUAGUCAAAAUAUCCCUGCCUCUGGAUAUUCCCCACAAAAAGCUGAUCAGGCACCACAAAAGCAACUAUGCAUCCAGCUCCACCUCUUUACCCCACCAGUGCUCCUCAACCUUGAUGUGGAGUGACCAUUUGGAAAGAUAAUGAAAGGACGGAGAUGGACUUUUUCUUACAAUUCCUGCUUCUCCAAAUUUGCAUAUUUUUUCCCACCUGAGAAGGAGAAUUUUAUAUUUUGAUUUGGAUUGUUAUUUUAUUUUAAUCUUUUUUUCACUUUAACGUUUUUGUGUUUCAGUAAUACCCCCUGAGAAUAGGUUUAUUGUUAUAACCUACGCCUCUGAAUGUAAAAUUGACAUCUUGAGCCAGAUUUUGAGUAUGUAUUUAAGCAGUUGGGCAGGAUUACACAGAUUGGCGAAAAGGUGAGAAAAGGAAAAACCCAUCUACCAGGAGUUUAUCCCCAACUUUAAACCUUUAUCUGAACUUCAACAGAUAUGGACACACCUUUAUAUUUUGUGGUUGUUUUGAUUUUACAAUAUGAGUUUGAAAAAUCAGUAUAUAUUUUUGACAAUGUAGAGUCAACAUAUUGAGAGAAGAAUUCAAUGAGUAGGGUGUACAUUUAAUGAGAUAGAAAAGUAUGUUUUGUGGUACUUAUUCUUCCCCAAAACCAAGUCUACUAAUGAGAAAACAUCACACAAACUCAAACUGAGAGACGUUCUACAAAAUACCUCACCAGUACUCUUCCAAUGAGUCAAGGUCAUAAAAAACAAGGGAAGACUGAAAAACUGGCACAGAUCAGAGGAGACUAGGGUACAUGAUUAAAUGUAAAGUGGGAUUCUAGACAGGAUCCUGGAACAGAAAAUGGUCAUUAGAGGAAAAAUUGGUAAAAUCAAAAUGAUUACAGUUUAGUUCAUGUAAAUUUUUAGUUUUGACAAAUGCACCUUGUAGGAUGGUAACAUUAGGGGGAGCUGGGUACAUGAGUAGUCUUUUUACUUUCUUUGCAUCUUUUUUGUAAAUCUAAAACCAUUCCAAAAUAAAAAGUGUGUGUGUGUGUGUGUGUGUGUUUAUCCCACCUUUAAAGUAGUCUUGCAAAAAAUAAAUCUGAUCCUAAUCAAACCUCUAAAUAUAAACAGCAGUUUACAGAAAAUGCAGCGUGUAAAAGAACAUGUUAAACUAGGUCAUCUUUGUCUGGUGAACCGAAAGGUCUCUGAUUGGACUCCUGGUCAGGGCACAUGCCCAGGUUUCAGGCAUGUGUGCAGGAGGCAGCCUAUCAAUGUUUCUCUCUCUCUCUCUCUCUCUCUCUC